AUGUCCGAUCUCUAUCGUACCGCAAUACAGGCUCGGUUCGCCAAGGCUCCUCAGCUCCCUCCACUGCCUGGAGAAGAUGAGGAAGAGGACGAGGGAGGAGACUCUGUGGGAUCUUUGCCCACCGGGAUGGGUCCACCAGCAGCCCCCUUUCGUACACCCAGAACCACCCGCAAGAAUGCCCCAAACCCCUCCUAUUCCCCCAUCUCCGCAUCUAGCUUCUUUGAGCAGGCAAUGCAGGUUUCAGUGCCGGAGUCUGAUCUCGACUUCCGUGUAUACUACACAGCACCGAAGUUCGAGGACGGCACGGUCAUGAUCUGCCAUCAUGGAGCGGGCUAUUCUGGACUCUCUUUUGCGUGCACGGCAAAAGAGGUCACGGACAUGAGCAAGGGCGAAUGCGGUGUUCUGUCGUAUGAUUGCCGUGGGCACGGGAAGACGAAGCACAUAUCAAGCCCGAACAUUUCUGAGCAGGAAAACCUAGACGUCGAGGUUCUAACUUCGGACUUCGUGAAUCUCAUACGAGUGGUAUUCCCGGACGUCGAGAAAGCACCAUCGCUACUCCUCGUCGGUCACAGUCUCGGUGGGUCUGUGUGCGUACGCGCUUGCCCGAUCCUACAGCAACAUAAGUACCGGAUCACAGGAGUGGCCGUGAUCGACGUCGUAGAAGAGUUCACGCUAGAGGCGCUGCCGCUAAUGCACAGUCUUCUCAACGCACGUCCCGAUGGUUUCGAUAGCCCCGAAGAAGCGAUCGAGUGGCACGUUACCACGCACACGAUCCGGAACCCGACCUCAGCUAGAGUUUCCGUUCCCGGUAUCAUCGUACCCGCACCUGACGGUUCCCCAGCAAGCGCCCCCGCGUACGUCUGGCGAACACCGUUGCGUUCCACCGCCCCCUACUGGACAAGUUGGUUCACUGGCCUGUCGAGCAAGUUCUUAGCCUCGCGUACCGCGCGUCUCUUAAUUUUGGCGGGGACGGAGCGCCUGGACAAAGAAUUGAUGAUUGGACAGAUGCAAGGCAAGUUCCAGCUAGUCGUGAUACCAAACGUUGGACAUAUGGUGCAUGAGGAUGACCCUACACGGAUGGCCGAGACUCUCGUUGAGUUCUGGAGGCGGAACGAGCGUGUCGUGGUCGGCGUCAAGAAGGUUGGCGAGUUGUAGUUCGGACAUGUAGCGUACGGUGCACACGGGAUGCGGAACAGUAGGCGCUAUCGUUUGUACAACACAUCAUCGGAUGCACAUCUUGUAAAUAUUGUGUAUUGUUUGAAUUCUGAGCUCAACAUUUCC